AUAGCAACUGUCAACACAGAGGCGCUAUUUUUUCCGAGCCAUGGUGGCGUGCGGUUCGUCGUGCGUGAUCCUGUGCAUGAGAUCGUUCGUUGUGUUGCGUUCAAAUCAAUUAAGAACCCAGUAAAGCAUAGCUUUAGAUCAACAUAAAUGUGCCGUGAAAGUGUGUACCUGUGUGAAGCUGCUACAGUGUACAGUGUAAUGAAUGUGACGGUGAAUGUGUUGAUAAUGUAACUAGCAGUGGUAAAAAUUAUGAGCCAUAAAUGUACAGCGCAAUCCGUACGUUAUGUGAAACGUGUUUGAAAUCGGGCAGGAAGUGUGUGUAAAGUGUGUCUUGUGACAAAUGGAUGUGCAUUAAAUGAAUUAUAGAAGAAGCGAAGCAAUCAUGCCGAGCAAGAAAAUUCGUAAAAUAAAAUCAUUUUUAUAGUUUCGAUCAUGUUUUGCAUGCAGAGAAAUAUGUGAUUUAAAUCUGUGCUGCACUGUUUGUGUUUGUGUGCGUGUGUGUCUGAUGUGUUUGCGUCUGUGCUAUCGCUCAAAUGGUGAACGACAAGCAAAUAGUCGGUUCGCUAAUGCCUGCGGCAUAUAUCCCAUAAUGUAUACAAACCAGUUGUAAAAAAUAAAGAUUUGUGAAUAGCGUAGUCCACUGCCAUUUUCGUUCGCUUAGCUUAGCGAAUAGUAAGAAUUGUGAAAUCAUACGCAAUCAUACAUCGCCACAGCAAGAUGGGUUUAGCAUCAUCAAAGGCCGUCAGCAGCAUUGCCGUGUCUUCGUCGCAUGCUGCUGGGAGCACCGAUAAGGGCAAUGGUCGGUUGAGCAAGGAUAGUGUGAUCGUCGAAACGAACUACGCUUCGAUGUCAACAGACAUUCAGCAGCCUUGCUCAAUACUUCCGUCCCCGUCUGGUAGCAGUGGUAUUGACACCUGGAAAACGUCUAGCUGUCACGUCCGCCAAGCUAGCAUACGGUCCCGGAACCUGCAGCCUAUGCCGGAUGCGGGCGAACUUGAUCGACGAUUUGCGAAAGUCCUGGCAUCGAUGGACCUUCCACCGGAUAAAGCAAAGUUGCUGAAGAACUAUGAUAACGAGAAAAAAUGGGACAUCAUAUGUGAUCAGGAAAUGGUGCACGCAAAAGAUCCUCCGGCACACUAUCUCACCAAGCUCCGCACCUAUCUCGAUCCCAAGGCGUCCCGAAGUCACAGGAAACGGAAGAUGGUUGGCGAAUCAACAUCGACACAGGUUUUGCGCGAUCUGGAAAUUUCCCUUCGAACUAACCAUAUCGAGUGGGUGAAGGAGUUUCUGGACGAAGAAAACCAGGGUCUCGACGCAUUGAUAGAUUAUCUCAGCUUUCGGUUGACCAUGAUGCGGCACGAACAGCGUAUCCUGGAAGCAAAGUCAGAAUCGGACGAAGGCCUAACGACGAAAGAGACAGCGGCCAACAGUUCGUACGGGAGCAACGAAACUAAUCACAAGAUUGCACCAAACGGGUUCAUGCGUCCCGGUCUGGGUGACAUGCUGGACAGCCCCAGCAUAAAGCGCCGUUCCCGCCACAUCGCAAAACUCAACAUGGGCCUGACGACGGAUGACAUUCACGUGUGCAUUAUGUGCAUGCGGGCCAUCAUGAACAACAAGUACGGAUUCAACAUGGUCAUCCAGCACCGGGAAGCGAUCAACUGCAUCGCACUCAGCUUGAUCCACAAAUCGCUGCGCACCAAGGCGCUGGUGCUGGAGCUGCUGGCGGCCAUUUGCUUAGUGAAGGGUGGGCAUGAAAUCAUCCUGUGCGCGUUUGACAACUUUAAGAAAGUGUGCUCCGAGCAGCGCCGCUUCCAGACGUUGAUGGAAUAUUUUAUGAACUACGAGCUGUUUAACAUCGACUUUAUGGUGGCGUGUAUGCAAUUCGUUAACAUUGUCGUCCACUCGGUGGAAGAUAUGAACUACCGGGUACACCUGCAGUACGAGUUCACAGCGCUCGGGCUAGACGAUUAUCUGGAGAAGCUCCGGCUGACGGAAUCGGAGGAGCUGCACGUUCAAAUUUCAGCCUACUUGGACAACGUGUUCGAUGUGGCUGCCCUGAUGGAGGACAGCGAAACGAAAACGGCCGCGCUCGAACGUGUCAACGAGCUGGAAGACGAGCUUGGCCGAGCGCUGGAUCAGGCCAGCGAAAUAGAGCGGGAAGCACUGUUCAAGAUCGGAGAGCUGGAGGCAGAGCUGAGCCGAACGCGCAACGAACGGGACGAUUUGUACAACAAGCAGCUGGUGGUGGAAGACGAAAUCGUAAAGCUAAAGCGAGCUCUGAAACAACACGAGCAAGAAUCCCAAAGCCGACAGUCAAUGCUCCUCGAGCUGGAGAACCUUACCAAAACGCUUCCCAAAGGUACGUCAAUUGCAGACGUAUCGAACCUCCUGGCGAAGGGAGGCUUGUCCGAGCUUAGUCCUACGGGUGCAGCUGGCGCUGGUGCAGGUGGUCAGCAACAAGCACCACCGAUACCGCCCCCACCGGCCCCGCCAAUACCACCCUCGGCCGCAAAUGCUCCCAUGCCUCCUCCACCACCCUGUCCGCCUGCACCGCCCAGCGGACUGUCGAACGGUGGUGAACCACCGAAAGCUCCCCCCAAACCGCCGUCAUUCAUUCCAGUACCACCACCGAUGGGUGGACCAUAUGGUGGCAACAACGCACUGCACUGCACGGACGGUGCAAUGACGAUAAAGCGUAAGGUGCAGCCAAAAUACAAGCUACCCACGCUCAACUGGGUAGCGCUGAAACCGAACCAGGUUCGUGGCACGAUCUUUAAUGAGUUGGAUGACGAGAAACUGCACCGGCAGAUAGACUUUGUCGAUUUCGAGGAGCGGUUCAAGAUCGGUAUGGGCGGGCCGGUAACCAACGGCAACUGUGAUAUGGACGGGUUGACGGCGUUCCCCAGCAAACGGUUCAAGAAACCCGAGCACAUUUCCCUGCUCGAACACACGAGAUUAAGAAACAUUGCAAUAUCUCGAAGAAAGCUAGAAAUGCCCGCGGAAACCGUUAUCAAAGCGAUCAACAAUCUCGAUCUCAAGCUCCUGUCGCUGGAAAAUGUGGAACUGCUGCAAAAGAUGACACCGACCGACCAGGAACAGAAGCUCUACAAAGAGUAUGUGAUAGAGAAGAAAGAUCUGAACCAGCUGACGGAGGAGGACAAGUUUAUGCUGCAACUGACGAAAGUCGAACGAAUCUCAUCGAAACUAUCGAUAAUGAACUACAUUGGGAACUUUUUCGAAAGCUGGCAUCUCAUUAGUCCGCAAGUGUACUCCAUCAUUUCCGCAUCCUCCUCAAUCAAGUCGUCGAAAAAGUUCCGUGCAGUGCUGGAAGUGAUUUUGGCAUUUGGCAAUUAUCUGAACAGCAGCAAGCGCGGUCCUGCCUACGGCUUCAAGCUGCAAUCGCUCGACACGCUGCUCGACACCAAGUCGAACGACAAGCGCAUGAGCCUGAUGCACUACAUUGUGGCCACCAUUCGACAGAAGUUUCCCGAGCUGAUGAACUUCGAUACGGAGCUGUUCUGCAUCGACAAGGCAGCGCAGGUAUCGCUCGAGAUGCUCAUUUCCGAUGUGAACGAGCUCGAGAAGGGCAUGGAAACGGUACGCAAGGAAGCGGAUCUACGUGGCAAAGGCACGCAGAGCCAUGUGUUGCGAGAUUUCCUGGCGAACUCGGAAGAAAAGUUGAAAAAAAUCCGCUCUGAUUGUAAAACGGCACAGGAAUCCUUCAAAGAGUGCAUUGAAUACUUUGGCGAAUCAUCACGAAAUGCAGAUGCAAAUGCAUUCUUUUCAUUGCUAGUCCGAUUCGUACGAGCAUUUAAGAUCUGUGAUCAGGAAAACGAACAACGACGACGGUUAGAGGCGGCUGCCCUACAAGCGUCCACCAAGAAGGACGAAGAAGAGCAGGUGGUGCUACGGAAUAAUAAAAUCAAUAAUCAAAAGAAGCAACAGGUACGCCCCUUGGCCGAUGGUAACCCUCUCCGACUAUCGACUGCCUUUCUGCAAAAUCUAACCCAAAUGAACCGGGAACUGCAACACGUGUUUGGCACUGGUAGCUCUUAUGUGAGCUGAUUCUAGAACGUUUUCAUAUCCGGUUCAAAACAUAUGCAUAGAGUUUACCAAGUUUUGCUCCAAUGAGUGUGUUAGUGGUUUGUUGUUACUGUUAUUCUUUGAGGAGGAUUUCAUUGCUUGGUUAAUGUCGCGCGUGUGUGCACUAAUAAUUUAGCAUAAUUUGUGUGUAUAAUAGUAUUUCCUCGCUUCAAAUGGUUAUGUUGUGUUUACUUUAUGAAAACGGGAUCCAUUUUUUUUUGACACAAAAUUCAUAAUGUUUCUUAUUCAUUACUAUCUUUUGGUCUUUGGUUGUGUAUAUUGAUAAGUGCCUUAUAUAGCGCAAAACAUGGUUUCAAUUUGUUUCGCUGUUCAAUCCAUACACAAACGUGCAUUAAAAAAAACACAUACACACAGAAUGUCGAUUGAUGCGAAUCAUUAAUUAUUUAAAUAUCGCAUUUGCAUUUGUAUGGGUUGGUGGCUAUAUAAUAGAGUACAUUUAACUAUAAUUCUUAAGAAUGUAGAGUAAGCUAAACGAUCAGCACGACGAAAGUGUAAAACAAUGAAGCAAGUUGCGUUUGAUUAGUUUGGAAAUCUUGAAAAGCUUUGCGUGAAACUAUACACUGGGUCUAUUUCGCUGGUGUUAAAGGAAUAAACCAUUUCAGAUGCAACAUUGCGUUUAUAGAAAGGCCUAGUGGUACCAACGUAUCUACAGCAGAAAUGGAUAACGCAUUUCAAACACAAAACCAAACGAGAAUGCAUUUCAAGCAAUUGUAUUGUAGCUAGUAACAUUAAAUUGCAUUUUUAGUUACAAACGAAGCAUUACGUUUUUCAUUAAUAUUAAACUAACCACCGGUAACGAUAGCUUUCAAUUUUCCUGCAAUACGGUCUGGAAUAUUGUAAAAUAUUUGUACGUUCAUUGUUUCAUUGCGUGCCAUAUUUUUGUAACAUUGCGUGUGUGCAUCUGAUGCCUAAUUUCGAUGCUGCUAAUUAGCGUGUGAAAACUUUUGCCUUAAUUUUUUAUACUGUUAAUCUAUUCUGUUUUUGCAUAACUUUACAAUUCAUUUUCGGUGUGUGUAUACAUUACUAGAUAUAAGUUUUUCCUACUAUAUAAUUAAUAAAUUAACAGCGAUCAAACGAGUAGAAAGCCGCACUCCAUCGUUUAGAUGCCGUUUGGUGAAGCAAGGGGAGGGUUUGAAUUGAGUUUUUACUGUGUUUUAUUUUAUUGUUUAUUUUUGUUUUUAAUGAAAGGUUGUGGUUGGUAAGAUUUUCUCUUCUGUUUUUAUAUUGCUUUAAUUCACGCUUUGGCUAAUUGUGUGCACUAAAGUAUUAUUUCUUCUAUCCUUAUGUUUGUACAAUAAGUUAAUCCUGCACCAAGACUAUUUUUAGACAGUGAUGUAAUUGUGUGUGCUUUUUAGCUAAUGCAUUAAAAUUUCUGAAUAAAUAAUUCUUUUAUCGCA